GUGGCCAGCGGGCAUCUGUACGAGAAGUUGCUCAGCAUCAUGAUCCUGUCAGUCAGGAACAACACGAAGAACCCAUUGCACUUCUGGUUUAUCGACAACUUUCUGUCACCGAAGUUCAAGGCCUUCAUUCCCCACAUGGCUGCGAGGUACGACUUCAAGUAUGACUUCGUCACUUACAAGUGGCCAUCCUGGCUAAACCCCCAAAGUGAGAAGCAGCGGCUCAUUUGGGCUUACAAGAUUCUUUUCCUGGAUGUGCUAUUCCCUCAAGACGUCCCGAAGAUAAUCUUCAUUGACGCUGAUCAGGUGGUCCGAGCUAACGUGAAGGAGCUCUGGGAUGUAGACCUAAAGGGCAACGUCUAUGGCUUCGUGCCAAUGGGCGACAGCAACCCUGACACAGAGGGCUUCCGCUUCUGGAAGCAGGGCUACUGGAAAGGCCAUCUGGCCGACAAGCCGUACCACAUUUCAGCCCUGUUUGUGGUUGACUUGGUUGAGUUCCGGCGCACCUCUACCGGAGAGACGCUGCGAGGUGUCUACAACCAGUUAAGCCGGGAUCCAAACUCCUUGGCCAACCUGGAUCAGGACUUGCCCAACUUCGCGCAGCACCAAGUGCCCAUCUUUACGCUGCCAACGGAGUGGCUCUGGUGUGAAACCUGGUGUUCCCAGGAGAGCAAGCCAAGCGCCAAGACCAUAGAUCUGUGCCAGAACCCACUCACGAAGGAGCCAAAGAUAGUGAUGGCCAAGCGCAUCAUUUCUGAGUGGCAGACGUUCCAUGACGAGGUACAGCAACUUCAGGCAGAUUUCGAAGCUGGGGCCGCUCCUGCUCCAUCUUCAACGGGCAAGGUUGAGCUGUGA